CUGUUCCACUUAUCCUUGUGAAGUUUACUUAGCUCGCAAUAGUUUAAUAACGACAACACGUGCGACAUUUUAUUGUAAAUUUUUGUGCAUAGUUGAGUUUGAAAAAUUAAUUUAUAAUUUUUUUGUCGUAUUGGCGGUCGGUUGUUUGGUUGUUUUACUUAUUUAAAAACUCUUUCAAAAACUUCUCUUCCUUGUUUUGGGAAUUUGGGAGACCAUAAAAACUGUUAACACGUUUGGUAAUUUGAAAUCUUCUUGGGAGAGUUGGAAAAAUUUCGAAACCGGAAGGAAAAGAAACGGAGGUGGAUCUUUCGAAUUGUCUGUUUUGACUGAAUAGUGGGCGAUUACAGCAAAAACUUUAUUUACUAACAAAUAGUCUAACUUGAUUGAUCUUUGUGCUCAAAAUCUGGUUACAGAAUUUGGUUAAGGAAUUCUAAUUCAAUUAAUUUCCAAAAAAAAAUUGAAAAAAUUGAAACUUCUAAUAGCUUGAAAUUGUCUUGGGGUCAAAUUUAGAGUUCUCGACAGAAUUAGCAAAACUGUUACUUGGCCGAUCAUAAAUUACAAACAGUUAUCUGAAGCAGUGUCAAAAUUAGUAACUGCAUCUACAAACAAACCUCCCCAAAUUGGAUUAAAAGCAACAAGUUGAAUACCAGUUCUCAAACCUCUGCAAGAGAAAGCCAAACCUUUUACAAAUAACGGUUUUCGCAUUAGUGACGCAAGUUAAGAAGAAGUAAUAAAACCCUUUGAAGAUAUUUCGAUUACCUUAACAUUCAGCUGAAUCAUCAUAUCCAUUAAAAGAAAAUUUGGGAUCCAAGCUUUCAACGAUACAGGGUCUGAAAAUUUCUCGUAAACCAGACAAAGCAUUUACCAAAACCAUCAAUUUUUAAUAAUUUGGAAAAAAAACUUUUUUAAAAAUGGAAGUAGUUACGACACCGAUGAAAACAGAAGAGAUGAGUUGUCCCGGAGAGGCAUCAGGGUUCUCGGGUAGUGACGUGAGCCACACUAUAUUCCUGUGCUACCACUGUGCAACCCCUGGAUCGCCAGAGGACUGGGGAAGUGAGACGGAGGAGUUAGUGGCCAUGUCAUGGACUUGUAUUGACUCAUCCACCAAUCAGGUGGUGGGUUCGAAGCACCUGCCUGUGCGGACUAGUGUGAAUGAAUUCUGCGUGGACAACUACCUGCAGAUUGGCUUCACCCACGAGCAGGCUCUCAAUGCAAAGCCACUGCCCGACAUACUCAGAGAGUUGCACCAGUACAUGAUCACAGAACUGCUCCCGGAAUCAUCCUCCAAAUCUCUCCUUCUCGCAUGCCCAGAUGGAGACAAACAGCCCACCAUCAACAGCAGUCCCCGUGGAGGACACGUGGAAGUAGUCCCAGUCACUGUGGGUCCAGGACCCAUCAGGCAGGCACUGCACGCGGAGACCACUGGGAAGAACAUGGACGUGCCAGACUAUUUCUACAGAUAUGUGGACAUACUGCAGGAGUACAACGAACAGUUCGGAUGCAACUUGAGCAACAUCGUCGAGUUGGCUCAGAUGCUCAAUUAUAACCUGGGUGAAUUGAAUGGUAGUGGGCAAAACGAGAGUUACGUCAUAUCAAUCGCCGUCUCCAAACUCCUCAGUGAAAAAGGUUUGAAAAUGGCACCGCUCUCAAAGAAACAAGUGAUUAGCAAGCGACUGGAAACCGUACCAUGCACCAAGGAAGAGAUGGUAUGUGAAGACACUGUGAUCAAAGUGAGAGGUCUUCCCUGGCAGAGUUCGGACCAGGAUGUCGCUCAGUUCUUUCGAGGACUCGACAUUGCCAGAGGAGGCGUGGCUUUGUGUCUGAACCCACAGGGAAGAAGGAACGGGGAAGCUCUGGUGAGAUUCAACACCACCCAACACAGAGACAUGGCACUCAUGCGACACAAACGACACAUGGGCAACAGGUAUAUAGAGGUGUACAAGAGUUCACCAGAUGACUUCAUGAAGAUAGCUGCUGAUCCCAACAACGAGGCCAUCGGCUUCCUCUCCCACGGGGACAACAUCAUCAUCAAGAUGAGGGGGCUGCCCUUCACUGCCACCGCCGAGGAUGUGACAGAGUUCUUCGGAGCCGACUUGCCGAUUGUUGCGGAGAAAGAGGGCAUCCUCUUCGUCAAGUACCCAGACGGGAGGUCCACUGGAGACGCGUUUGUCCAGUUUGAAACGGAAGACAUGGCCAAGGAGGCUCUGAAACUGCACAAGACCAAUAUUAGGGACAGAUACAUUGAGUUGUUCAGAUCUACGGCUGCUGAAGUUGUUCAGGUCAUGAAAAGAUUCUCCAACCCACCUCUUCUUCCAAACGGACCCCCAGGCAUGAAUGGAUCUAUGCCCCCAAUACCCAACCUAAACGGCCCCCACCAGAUGGGACAUCUUGGCUUGAAUCCGAACCUAGCGGCACUGCACAAUCUCUUACCGUUUCUACUUCCCCCAUCCUCGAAGAGUUGCCUGCUUCUUAGGAACCUCCCCCUCUGUGUGAAGGUCGAGGAUAUCAUCACGUUCUUGGGGGAGCACGCGGAAUGGAUUAGACCGGCCGGGAUUCAUAUGGUGCUGAACCAGCAAGGACGACCGAGUGGUGACUGUUUCAUCCAGAUGCAUUCUGACGUCAAGGCGGCCGCAGCUGCUCUGUUCUCUAACGCCAAGUUCAUGAGCGACCACAAAGUGCACGUGACCCAAUGCUCACCCGAAGAGAUGAACACUUUCUUCGUUGAAGGUGCGUCCUUGACCUCUUCUUCUGACCUCUCUUUGACCUCCUCUAACUCCCUUCAGAUGAUGAACCCUGUCACCACUAUGAGUCAUCAUCUGCCAAACCAAUCUUCUAUAUAUCCCGCUUCGCUUCUAACUAACCCAUUACUAACCGGUAGUAAUAACUUGGCCCCAAAUUUCGCAGCUCACUUUGGGUCUAACUUGGGUGGUGGUGGGAAUUUCUUGACUUCGUCAGUAAUGGCUCCUUCGGAUGCGUUUUCGACCGGAGCGUUCGUCGCGACGUCAACGCCGCCUUCCUCUCCCCCGGAGCAGAACUGCAAUUUCACAACAAUCUCUCCCUUUUCCUUUGGUACCAUCUCUCCGCCUACAGCCGUCACAUCCCCGCAAGUUCUCCCCUUCCCCAACCUCUUUCCAAAUGUGUUCAACCCUGCGACCACGUCCCAUCUAGCGGCCGCCAACGCCCUCCUCGCACCUGCACUGAAGGCGGCCGCAGCUGCACAACAGCAAGUCGCAAACGCACACCUCGCCCCUCCUCAUCAUCACCCGAUUAUUCCGACGAGUGCCGCGGCCGCAGCGAUGUUCAUGCAACAACAUAACCCCACAUAUCAGCAACUAACUCCGCCUGUGUCUCCACAUAAUUCCAUAUAUGGUCAGCCAAACUUCACAGCUGUGAAGAUGAAGGGACUUCCUGUAGAUGCGACCGUGCAAGAUGUGAUGACAUUUUUCAGCGACUACAUCAUUCCGGAGCACGCUAUUCAGCCGGUGAUAAAUCAGCACGGGAAAGCGACGGGAGAAUGCUCUGUCAUGUUCUGGUCUCCCGAGAUUGCGAAACAAGUCGUGGCCGAGAAAAACAACUCGCAGAUCCGGAGCAACGUCAUCGAACUCGUGAUUCUCUGAACUUCUCGAAAACUCUGACUUUUCAUGUUCAAAAUUCUGCAAAAUCUCGUAACCAAAUAAUUUUUGUGCUUCCUAAUCAUUCCAAACACUUUUAUGGAGCGCGAAACUGUUUGUUGUUGUUGCCUAAGACUUUUUGAAGUUGUGAACAACCAUUGAAUGAUCAUGCAAAGCUCGCAAUAUUAUAUAAUUUCGAGUGGUAAGAAAAACGCUUUAGCAAGAUUAAUGAAAACCUUCAAAUCGAAAUGUUUGGAAUUCUAGAUUUUUGUUAAAGUUCAUCAAGUAUUGUGAGGCUUGCAAACUUCUAUGUUUUCUUCUUAAAACCAUGUAUCAUUUAUUUGUUUGUGGUAGCUCUAACCAUUUUUCUGUCUUUGCCUGGCUUCAAAUCUGUAACUAACCUACAUUUCAACCUUUUUGCUCAAAUCUUCCCAAGUUUGUGGAACACUAACCUAUUUUUCGUCCACAAUCAUCAUCGUAUGACCUUGGUUUAACUGUCCGCCCAUGCAUAACUGUCAAUCAUGUAUCUCUGUGCGAGAAAUUGUUGGUUUCAAAGGCGCUUUUAAAACUUCAGACAAAAGUGUAAACUGGCAAUUUCAUUUCUUGAAUGUCUCUUACGAACUUCUGUGAACUUUAACCCUGCUCUAUCGCAUCUCCUUGUUUCGGUAAAGCUGUUUAUUACGUAACAACCUCUGUCGCCACUCACUGCAUAUCCAUCGCAUGUUAUGUAACAGUUAUGUAACAUUAUUCUACCUUCUCUGACUAAUAUUGCGUCACACUCGAAAUAUUGGGUGGUAAACAUACCCAAGUUAUAGUGAAAAAAAAAUCAUAAAAAGCAGCAUUUGUAGUCUAAUUUCUCUGUACUCAUGUAUACCUGUCUAUAUUUGUUCAAUAUUCUAAUCAAAAAUCUGUAAAAUUUUUUGCCUUAAUACAUGAAAAAAUUUUCUGCUUUCUCCGAAAAUUUAGUGUUUCUAUCCAAUUUUCAAUCUUUUGCUCAAAUUCUUAUUUAGAAUUCCUCAACAUGUGCAUAAAAUAUAGGGCAGUAAAAUUUUCGAAAAAGUGCAAAAUAUAUAUUUCUGUUUUACUUUCUUUGCUUUUUGUGCUUCAAAAUGCAUGCAAAUUGUCAUCACUUUGUGUAUCAAUGUCUAGAUCGCACUUUUUGUCAUUGCAUUGCAAACAGCAUCUUGUUUUAACAUUAUAGCCGCCAGUGCCUUAAUGCUUAAUUGAGCUUAGAGGCACAUCUAUGUAGCAAACUCUCUGUGCAAUAAAUAUUUGUUUAAUUAAAUAUUUUAAUCAAAAUUAAUUUUACCUGUCGCCUGUGCUAUCUAGCAUUUAGUUACCCAGCUUUGUUUUUAGUAUUCUUUAAUUUGUCGAUGUGUAACCAAAGCAAUCGCCCGCAGUGGCUUCUAUUGAAAUAUUAAUCUUUUCUGAAAAAUAAUCAUUCAAGUCAUUUACGAUCGUGAAAUGUAAUUUAUUGUAAGUAAUUAUCAUUCAAAAUGUACUAAAGUUUUGAAUUCAGUAUUUUUCUAGUA